ACUUUAAGGCCUCUUUUUCUCUCCUGGAGGCUCGCUCUAGAUGGUGGUGUGACGGGGGCGGGGGUGGCGGUGCGUCCUCCUAAACUGGGAGACAACCGACAGCAAACCCUAGCCAGGAGGGGAUUCGGCCUGGGGGGUGGUGGGGGUUGGGAGAGGGAUUUGCCAUGUCUCUCGAAGACCCUUUUUUUGUAGUCCGAGGCGAGGUGCAAAAGGCGGUGAACACGGCCCGUGGUCUGUACCAGCGCUGGUGCGAGCUCCUACAGGAGAGCACGUCAGUGAGACGCGAGGAAUUAGACUGGACGACCAAUGAGCUGCGGAAUGGCCUGCGCAGCAUUGAGUGGGACCUCGAGGACCUGGAAGAGACCAUUGGGAUAGUGGAAUCCAAUCCAGGCAAAUUCAAGCUCCCAGCUGGUGACCUGCAGGAGAGAAAGGAGUUUGUGGAGAGAAUGCAGGAGGCGGUCCAGGAAAUGAAGGACCAUAUGGUCAGCCCAACAGCCAUAGCCUCCAUGGAGAGGAAUAAUAGAGAGAUGCUGGCAGCUAAGCCAGCUGCCCAGAAGUCACCCAGUGACCUGCUAGAUGCCAGCGCAGUCUCAGCCACCUCUCGCUACAUUGAGGAACAGCAGGCCAUGCAGCAGCUAAUUAUAGACCAACAGGAUCAACAGCUGGAAAUGGUGUCUGGAAGCAUCCAGGUUCUGAAACACGUGUCUGCCCGUGUUGGGGAGCAAUUGGACGAGCAGGGCAUCAUGCUCGAUGCCUUUGCUCAUGAGAUGGACAACACUCAGUCCCGGAUGGAUGGUGUCCUCAGGAAGAUGGCCAAAGUAUCUCACAUGACAAGUGACCGGCGACAAUGGUGUGCCAUCAUGGUGCUACUUGGGGUUCUUCUUGUGGUUUUAAUCCUACUCUUCUCUCUCUGACCCCAGCCCACCCUGAGGGACUGGUCCCUCAUGCCUGGGUAGCUGUCACACACUGUCAAACUGGCCCUGCCUCCUGGGAGGAGAUGAUCCCCCCUGGGGGCUACCCCAAUGCUCUCAUUCAGAGCUAGUGGGACCUUCAGGGCCUUGGGCCAAAAGCCGUGCCCCAGUCCUAUCUCAAAUGUGCUUAGUGGGUGGUAGAGGUAGGGAGACUUCAUACACAACCCUCUCCAUUUCUAUUUCUGGUGCCCCAAAGCCAAUCUGGAAAUAAAAUCCCAGCCUUUUUUUGUACAUAAUUGUAUCAUAUGGUGUGUUGACUAGAAACUUAUGAUUGAACCCUGAUUGGAAUUCCCAUUGUGAGCAGGGGCCCCAGUGUGCGUGCAUGUACGUGCAUGGUAUGGGUUUCAGUGGUUGAUAUUUGGUGCAGAAGAGACUAUUCUGGUUUAUUUCUUGGUUUUAGUAACGGAUAAUGUAUUACUAUCGAAAAUUUCAAACCCUGACGCCGGAAAGGCUAUGUUAACCACUGUGAUAAAAAUGUGUCAAAUGGUUUAUGAAGUGAGUGUAUGAUGCCC